AUGGUAAGAUUAUCCAGAAUUAUCAGUGAAGAUGUAGUUUUCCUUGAUGAAAUGAAAAUUUUGUCCAGUAUGUUUUCUGAUAGAGGAUAUCCGAGUGAAUUGAUCAACAAUAUCAGUAAUGAGAUACGGAUCAAAAGAAAUCAUGUUUACCAACCUAUUAUUAAAUUUGGUCUUCCUAAUACCACUAGUACAAACAGACCACCAUUUGAUAAUGACAUUCUAGUCAUCCCUUAUAAUGAUACAUCCAUGAAGAUAGAAAAUGCUGUUAUAGAUUAUGAUGUAAAACAAUUGUUAAAUGUAACUUAUGCUAAGAUGAUUCAAAUUAAUGUAUAUAAACAUACAGUGCCACUGGUUCUUUACCACCUAAGGAAAGUACACUUCAAAGACAUUGAUGGAGAAGACUUCUAUUUUGAUGACAAUGGUGAUGUAUCUUUUAGGUCAGAUAUUGUUAACUGGCAGUUAACUGAGGCUGGUUCCAUGAAAAUUGUAACUGUGGGGUGGUACAAGCCUCAUCAUCUACUGAAUCAGCAAUUCAUCAUUAAUACUAGUGCCAUCUUGUGGAGUGGAGGACACUCAAAGGUGCCAAAGUCUGUGUGCAGUGAAGCCUGCCAUCCUGGAUACAGAAAAGUUGUGAGACAAGGAGAGCCAACAUGUUGCUUUGACUGUAUCCCUUGCUCAGAUGGAGAGGUUGCUAAUGGAUCUGGUAUUUGUACAAAAUGUCCAGAAGAUGACUGGUCAAAUACAGAGAAAGAUUUCUGCAUUGAAAAAUAUGUUGAAUUCCUUUCAUAUGAAGAUCCCUUGGGUACCUCACUAGCUGUGAUUGCUGUUGUCUUCUCACUCAUGCCUCUGGGAAUUUUGUGUAUCUUCAUCAAACAUCAUGAUACACCAGUUGUCAAAGCAAAUAAUCGUGAAAUCAGUUACUUUCUCCUUAUAAUCAAUGUGUUAUGUUUCUUGACUGCCUUAAUAUUUAUUGGUCCACCAAAGAAUGAAACUUGUAUGUUCAGACAACCAGCUUUCGGCUUAUUCUUUUCCAUCUGUGUUUCUGCUGUACUUGCCAAGACAAUCACCGUAGUGCUUGCCUUUAAGGCAACAAAACCAGGAAGUCGACUGCAGAACUUAGUUGGGUCAAAGAUAUCAUUUUUUAUAAUAUUUUGUUGUUUUCUGUUUCAGUUCACUUUAUGCAUUGUAUGGAUAUCAGUUUCUACCCCGUUCUUAGAAAUUGACAAAAGCCUUCAGGGGAAAAUAAUAAUUCAAUGUAAUGAAGGUUCGGUAUUCAUGCUUUACUGCAUGCUGGGAUAUUUAGGAAUAUUAGCAACUGUAAGUCUCUUAAUAGCUUUUCUUGCUAGAAACCUGCCAGAUAGCUUUAAUGAGACCAAAUUUAUCACAUUCAGCAUGAUUGUUUUUGUAAGCGUUUGGUUGACAUUUGUUCCAGCUUACAUUAGUACAAAGGGGAAAUAUAUGGUUGCUGUUGAGAUUUUUGCAAUUCUAUCCUCUAGCAUUGGAUUGCUACUUUGUAUUUUUUCACCUAAAUGCUAUAUUAUUCUAAUGAGACCAGACAUGAAUACUAGAGGAUACAUUGUGAGGCAGUAA